AUGGUAAACAACAACCGGGUCAGACAAAUUGAGGAAGAGGUGGCGGUGCCGUUGUUGCAGAAGACCUCUGAGUCCGACUCGAUUCAUCCGAGGACCCAAAUUGUUACCACGAAGUUCCAGAGGCUGAGGUGCACGUGUACAAGCAAGGGAAGGGCCCGAUCGACGUCAUCAAAACGGGCCUGGCCGGGUGGGACCAGGACCAGCUCGAGGUGCGCGAGAUUCCAGUAUGGAUUUAAAUCGAUCUACGCGUUCACGCCCGGAUCGGGUCGGGGGCGUGCCGAUCCGGUUCAACCCGAGGAAUGGCCGGAUAACUAA